AUGUCGGGCUUCAUCGCUUCUAGUAUCGCGUCUUCUUCCAGAAGACGAAUCGCUUCAGUACGGCCAUCAGGAGUGAUUUCCAAGGGCAUCUCUACGACACCCUCGGCUCAUCUUGACCUCGCUCCAGCGGGAACAAACUCCGUCGAACCUCCCGCCGCGGCCGCCCUCACCCAAUCCCGAGUCCAGCUCCUCUCUUUCCCCAAACUCACCCCCCUCCCUCGCCCACAUGGUAUCCACGUCGCCUCGCUUCAUUUGGCAGCACACCACCCCUACCCUCUCGACCUAUACACCUCCUUCUCCCUCCAUGCCGCCCACUCGCUCGGUAUACCCACCUCCAACCCCGCCUCCCUCCCUACCGUCACUUCCCUGUAUACCGUUCCCAAAUCGCCGUUCGUCCACAAGAAGUCGCAAGAGAACUUUGAGCGCCGGAAUCACCGCCGAGUGAUCAAGGUGUGGGAUGCAGAUAGGGGGGCGAUAGAUCUGUGGUUGAGGUACCUGAGGCGGAAUGGAGUUGGGGGAGUGGGGAUGCGUGCGGAGGUCUUUGAGUGGGUGGAAGUAGGGGAGGUCGGGAAGGAGUUGGGGGCAUUAGGGGAGAAGAUGCAGAAGGCGGCAGAGGGGAUGGGGAGGGAGGUGGAGGAGAAGGCGGAACAGCUGAAAAAGGAGUUCAGCGAAAAGGCGGAGGAGCAGAGUGGGGAAAAGGAGACCGAGGAGCAGAGUGGGGGGGAGAAAGAGGCGGAGGUGAAGCAGGAAGAACGGGAGAAUGUGAAGAAGGUGGAGGAGACAGUUGAUGGGGCAUGA